UUGUAGAAAAAUAAUCAGCAUUAUAAGUCCAAGGAUGUCUAAUAUCGUGGCCUAAGAAGAAAUCAGUAGACAAAUGGCCGAAAGUUCAAAUAGAUCUACAAGAGAAACUGAUUUUUAUUAUGUACAGUAUGUUAUCAUGCAACCUAUUAUAAAAUGAAUCCUAAAAUGAAGUUAAAAAAGUACUAGUUUAUUUAAUAGUAUACACCAGUAAACAAAACUGGAGCCUUUUUCCUUCGGCAUCAUACAAGUACAAAUUUGAAUAGACCGAUUUAUCGGGCUAUUUUAUUGAUAAUGCACAAGUCAAUUGUAACCACGGCCCCCAGUUCAUAGAGUAUACUGGGGAUAGCCAGGGAAAUGGGCAGUGUUUUUAUACCAUCCCGGUGGCCCCACAGAGCCUGGUGAAUGCGGUGGUUUGGGCUUCAUGCCAAAAUUAGCGGUUGACUGCUAAACGAAGCUGAACUUCACUGAUCCUAUUCAACGAAAGCAUGGAGAAAACAAAGAGCAAAAGCUUGUAUCCCUUUGUGUGUGGAAUCUGUUCAGAGAAAUACAAAAGUCUUGCCAAAUACCAUGCUCAUAUUCAGGGCCAUGGGAUUGUAGAAGAACUGGACUCUGAUAAUGAAGGUUCGGAAACAGAUAAAGCAGUGGAGAAUGAACGAAGUACCAGUAAGAAGUCUUCUAGUGAUAGUUUCAAAUGUGGUAUUUGUAUGGAAGAUUUUUCAUCUAUGACAUUGCUGCACAAUCACAUGGUGAACGAAGAGAAGAUCACUAGCUAUAACUACAGCGAUACUGAUCACAUUGCAAGGGCAAGUAUACUUGAAACUGGAAUUGACAUAAGUCCGAAACCAAGAGGUAGGGGAAGACCUAGGAAAAUAAAAAAUGAAAUACCUUCUUCACCUAAAGAAGACACAAUCCAACAACAAACAGAAAUAGCUGUGGAAGCUGUUGAUGAAAAAUCGCCAGCAAAAAGGGGUAGAGGGAGACCUCCUAAAAGGUUAAUUGAUGAUGACAACACGAGGAUAACAAAGUUGCAAAAGAGAGAUGCUGAAAUUACAGCAGAAGAAAGUGCUGACAUGGAUGAGGAAAUUGAAGAACAGGUGGAACAGGACGGCAAAGGAAGUAUGAUUAAGAGAGGAAGAAGGGGAAGACCAAGAAAGAGUUCUAAAGUUGAGGAUUUAGACGAUGAUUAUGUACCGGAACAGGUUGAGAUUUAUAGUAGUCCUAGAAACAAGAAGAAGAUAAUUGCAGAUGAUCAUGAGCCUCCAAGGAAGAGACAUGGUGUUGUUGCAAUUAAGAAAGACCUACUGCAGGAGAGCGGCAAUGAGAGUGCAGGUGAAGACCGUGGUACAAGAAGAAGUUCCAGUAGGCGGGAAGUGAAACUUGUUGAUUAUAAAGCAUUAGCAGGACUGGGGUCCCCAUCUAGAGUUAAAUCAAAUGCAGAAAAGGAAAAGAGUACCUCAAGAUUGAAGUCAGAAUAUUCUGAUAAAGGCACGGGCAUGGAAGUUGAUACUAAUGAGAGGAAAGAAAAGAAGUCGAAAACACAAAAAAUACCUGUCGUAGCGUUGAAGAAGAUAGACAAAGUAAAGACAAGUGAUUUGGAAAAGGAGCAGAAAUCGACUGCUGAUGGAAUGAAAGAUAUCAAAAAUAAGAAAAAGAAAUCUGAAGUUAAGAAUGAUUCUGAAGUAAGCAAGAAUUCACAGAAGCUGGGUUUGGUUGAUCUUGGAAAUGUAGAGAUUGAAGAAGUUAACAAUGAUGAACUAGCAGCGGAGGCUUUCAUGGACUUUGUCGAUAUUGAUACUGAUAACACUGAUGAUAAAACUGAACAGAAACUCUCAAAGAAAGAUAAGUUCAAACUGAGUAAUGUGAUAAAAAAUAAAUACUUCAAGGGAAAAGUCUUGACAAGAAAAAACAUGUUGUACACUUGUAAUAUCUGCAGCCGAUUAGUACCAUACAAGGGUUUAAAAAGACACAAGCUGUCUCAUGUCAAGGGGAGGCUUGAACCUAAAUGUAAGAUAUGUAAAAAGUUUUACAAAUCCAGAUUCCACCUUGAGGACCAUAUGCGGUCAGUUCAUAGCAGGACAAAAUAUCUCUGUCCUAAAUGUUCUAAAAAGUUUGCAUCAAAACAAGCGAUUGAGCAACAUAUUGCAAGACAUAUUCUGCUUCGGCAUAUACCUGAAACAUCUUUAGAGGAUGUACCUUAUGAAGUUCUCAAAGCUUCACCGCAGACAUCAGAAGAUGACAGGAAAUAUGAUAAUGAUGACAGUGAGGGUGCUGAUUACAAAGUAAAAACAGAUGCAAAAGAUGAAAUUUCUUUCGUUGAAUUUGUUGAUGAAUAUGGCAAUACUGUUAUGUCAAGGGAGACCAAAACAGAGGAUAUUGACAAAAUACAGAUUGAGGCAAUAGAAAGAGUUGAUGAAAAUGGGAAACCUGUUUAUUUAUUUGGAUCAGAGGAUGGGAUAUUUGAAAUGGUAAAGAACAAAGAUGUUGUAAAGAAAUGGAAAGAAAACAAGCUUAGUGAUCCAAGUACUGACAAAAAGUACAUUAAAAGCAUUGAAACUGAUUUCAUGGAAGAGGAGUUGGCCUCAGUAAGUGAAAAAAGACUGUUGCAUCCAAAUACAUGUUCAAUGUGUCUCAAGGCGUUCAUGAAUAAAGAAGCCUGUGACAGACAUGUGAGAAGAUUCCAUCAUAAUCGGAUCUAUUUUUGUACACUUUGCAGAAAAGAACUGGUCAGAAAGGAGUAUUUCCAUGAUCAUAUGAAAAUGCACAUCAGGAGAUGUGAACUGCAAGAGUCUGAGGUUGAUUUUGAGGCUACUGUAAACAGACUUGAAGUUCAUCUGUUUAAAGAACCCAAAGAUGAUGAAGAAGUCAUUCCCCUGUCAAGACGCAAGAACACAUAUUGCUUUUUUUGCAAAAAGGAGUAUCACAUUCGAGAUAAAUACACACAGCACAUGAGAAAAGUACACAAUCCAAGAGUCCACUACUGUGAAUUGUGCAAGAAACAUAUGAGGAAAAAAGAUGCCUUCAAGAAACACAUGGAGGGACACAUAAGGAAUAAUGAAAUUGCAAGAGAGGAUAUUGAUUUUAAUAGAACAAUAAGGAUCCUGAACGCAAAACUGGAAAACAGUGUCUAUGUCAGUGCAGAGAAUGGAAAGCCAAUUGACGGUGAUGAUGAUUUUGAUGAACUUGCUGAAGCGGCUGAACUUCAGGAUGAAGACAUGGCAGGUGUUGAUGAGAAAGUAAAUGUUAAGAAGACCAUAACUGUAAAAGUUGAACCUGAAGCUCAUCAUGUCAAUGUCAGCUUAAAUGAAGAGUCAGAGACCGGUCGUUGCUCACGGUGCCCAUUUAGAUGCUCUUCAAAAGAAGAACUUGAUCAGCAUUUGGUGAAGCAUGAUCCACUUAAAAAUCUGACAUGUAAGGAUUGCAAUUUCGUGCAUGAAUCACCUGAGAGUAUGCUUGCUCACAAGUGCCCAAGCCGUAAAGAAAAUGUUCCUCAGCAGUGUACUAUAUGCGAAGCAUAUUACACAUCAAAGAGGGCAUAUCGAAAGCAUAGAGUAAAGCAUCUGAUGAGAAAUGACGAGUACCAUUCAAAAGAGACUGUUGAAAAACUGCAGACAGAAAUGGCACAGGAAUAUAAAGAAAAACUCAUUCAAAUGCCGAAGGUAGAAUUUACAUCGCGGCAGGAGUAUUGGACUAGCUGUGAGAUAUGUGGAAAAAAGGUAAAUCGGAAGAGAUUGAAACGCCAUAAAGAGAUACACAGGGACUCUCUGGACUUUGAAUGUGAGGUGUGCAGUAAAAGGUUCAAAAGUUUGCGAUACCUGAAGGACCACAAGAUGAAGACACACGACAAACAAGCGGACCAGAUAUGUAACAUCUGUGGAAACAUGUACAAAGGAACGAAGUACCUUGAGAUCCACAUGCAGACCCAUGGACCGAAGGACAAGAUUUGCCCCAAGUGCGGAAAGGGUUUUACCACUGCUCUCUACCUCAGGGUGCACAUGCAGACUCAUCUAGGCCGGAAGAGCUUCAAGUGCCAGAAAUGUGAGGCAGCGUUUAGCCACCGUGCCCGACUCGUUAUUCACCAGGUGGAGGUCCAUGGCUUGAAGCCCGGUAGCAAGUGUAAAUACUGCUUUGAAGAAUUUCCAUCACGGCAGAAGGCCAGAAUUCAUGAGAGGCGAGUGCAUGAGGGCUACAUUCCUCAAGGGAAAAAGAAGAAGAGGCGUGUCAUGCUGCCAUCGCAUCACAAGACGACAAUACCUGCUGGUGAGGGAUACAUGGUGGUGAUGGGAAAUAAGAAGCAGCCAAAAUACGUGGUUGGAAAGAGAAGAACUACAGGUGCUCCGACUGUUGUCCAGACUAAAGGUCAUGUGACUGCUACCAAUGGUGACCAUCAUUACCAGUCUGAAGAUAUAGGGACACGCAUUAUUACCGAGGACGGGGAGGAGAUACAGCUUGUGAUUGAGCACCAUGAUCAAGACUCCGAGCUCGUGCAGUAUGUGGAAGCAGAUAGUGACGGAGAACAACAGAAGUAUGUGGUCCAAACCACAGAGGAUGGGUCCCAAACAGAGCUGGGCUCGCCCACACAGCAGGUACUCGAGAUUCCUGAGGACGCGCAGCAAUGUCAGAUCAUCCUUUACCCUGACGGGACAUUCAAAUUGCUCAAUGUUAUGGAUCAGGAGAAGGAAUCGUCCUCUUAGCCCAGGGAAUGCAGCGUUAAAAUUUGUUCAAUGUUGCCAUUUGUUAUAGUUAUUAUUGUGAACAAUUAGUUAAUGUUGGAUCACUCCUAUUGGGCCGAUUGCUCAGAACUUUGUAGUUAACAAGAUCCUUAUUAACUUCUAAACUUGAAAUAUGUUCUCAUCUAUUUAAUUAAACCAAGUACAUCGGAAAACAUUGUCUAAAAUCUUGUAAGAAAUACUGCAAAUCAAAAGUAUUGAUUAACUUGCCAGAGCCUCAAGAUUUGAAUGAUGACAAAGAUGAUGUUAACAACAUUGUUAACUUUAACAAAGUUCUGAACAAUCCACUUAUUAUUGAUUUUCCAUAACCUUUUCUUAAAUGAUACAGGUAUUCAUAUUUAAGCAGAAACAGACAACAUUUUCACAAUGCCACUAAGAGACAUAUGACUGCAUGCAUUUGUUAAAUAAAACAUACAUGCUGUGAACAUUUAUGCUUUAAAUAAAAGUAUUAUAAUGAAAGUAUAAUAAUAUUGUAUCACAACUUUAAAAUGGAGUUGAGCGUUAUCAAGAACAAAAGUUCGAAUUUUAUGACUGAUAAUUGUACUGUUUUGUAACACAUUUUAUUAUUAUUUUUUUUAUUGUUUUUAUAAUAGUAAUAUAAUUAUAUUUAAAUGAACAGUUAUUUUCCUGUAAAUAUUUACACCACAACUUUCAUUCCUUCAAUAAACAGACUUUUAGCAAUUGCGAAUAUUUUCCGAUGAAUUCAACAUCUUUUGAUAUUUUCAGAUUACGAAUCAUACUGUAUUAAUAUAAAUAGCAUACUAUUGUUUAUAUUCUUUUAAGCUGGCCAUGAAAUAUUGAAAAGUGUUAAAUUAUGUUUUGUUAAAUGUAUUUUGUUAAUAGCGUUUCAAUUUUACGUUAAAAAUUGAUUUCAUUUUCGAACUAUAUUUUGUCCGUAGCAAUGAAAUGUGUAAACCGGUCGAGUGGUCCUAUCAACAGCAUGGGUUAGAAAGAAUUACUGUAAGGUUUUCUUAAAUAAAAUUAAGUAAUUUAUUAACAAUUCUGAAAAGAAAUCAUGAGCUAUUGUUGUAAAUAUAAGUAAAGAGUUGCUUGAUUGAUGUCAUUAUCAGGGAUGUGAAUGCAGUUGGGCUGGUUAAAGCAUGCACACUUUAAUCAGGCCAAAUGCGUUCAUACCCUGAUAAUGACAUCAAGCACGGAAUUCAUUCCUUCAAUGUAUCUUUUUGUUAUUAUUACCUAUUUGAAUAUGUUUCUUUUUCUCAUUGAACAAGCAGGCACCCUUUGUGUUUAAUCCAUAAUGUAUGUAAUGGUACCAAAAUGAUAUAGUAAUGCUGUUCAAUUAAAGUAGUUCAUGAGAUCAUGGGAAUAAACUUUUGAAAGUU